AUGGCCGUACCAGAAACCUUCAAGGCAGCUGUAAUGCCCGAGGCUGGAGCCUUGAACGUCGUCUCGGACCGAUCCUUGGCACCCCUCGAGAAGGGAGAGGUUGCCAUCAAGAUCACCGCAACCGCCAUCAACCCGGUUGACUGGAAGAUUCGUGACUACAAGGUCUUCCUCCAGCAAUUCCCGGCCGUGGCCGGCUCCGAUGCCGCCGGAGAGAUCGCCGCUGUAGGCCCCGAGGUCACUGGCUUCGCCGAGGGCGACAGGGUCUUUUUCCAGGGCAUCAUUGGAAGAUAUGACUCUAGCACUUUCCAGCAGUACUGCAAAAUGCCCGCCGCUCUCGUGGCCAAGACGCCCAAGAACAUUAGCGAUGAGCAGGCUGGCGGCAUCAGUCUCGCCACCGUUGCCGUGGUCGUUGCGCUCUAUGACAAGGCCAGCGGCCGCGGUCUGACCGCACCCUGGGAGCAGGGAGGUAGCGAGGCGGGCAAGGGCAAGGCCAUUGUCGUCCUCGGCGGCAGCUCGUCCGUUGGCCAGUACGCCAUCCAGAUGGCCAAGCUCUCGGGCUUCUCCAAGAUCAUCACCAACUCGAGCGCCGGCCACAUUGAGCACCUCAAGAGCCUGGGUGCCGACAUUGUCCUUGACCGCUCCAAGCAGUCGACGCCCGAGGACUUUGCCGCCGCCGUUGGCGACCUGCCUCUGGACUGUGUCUUUGACGCCAUCUCCGGCAAGGACACCCUGCUCCUCGGCGUCAAGGUCAUCCAGGCCACCAAGACGGAAAACACCCACGUCUAUGCCGUGCAGACGAAUGCCGACGACGCCAACAAGCAGGGCGAGUCGCAGGAGCCAAAGACGUCGGUCAAGCCCGUGCUCGGCAUGGGCGCCAAGCCCGAGCUCCGAUACCUCAGCGAGCCGUUGAUGAAGAGCCUCGGUGGCGAGGACGGCUGGAUUGCCAAGGGCCUCUUCAAACCCAACCGUCCCCUGGUCAUCCCCGGUGGUCUGCCAGCUCUGGAGACGGCGCUCAAGAAGAACAAGGAGGGAGUGAGCGGUGAAAAGGUGGUCAUCAAGCCUUUUGAUGCAUAA